AUGUUGCAUUCCGAUAAGAAACGAUCGAAACGGAAGGGGAGCAAAGACGAUACCCCUAACCGGCUAGCACUUCCGAAAGUCAACAAAGCUUUAUUACUAGACCCGGAUCAGUUAGAAGCAGAGUGUGAUAUAGCCAUGAGACGGGUAUUAGGGUUAGCGGAAAGCGAACCCGAGACUGGAGCGAAAUCCAGACGAGCCCCAAGGAAAAAUCCGGACGGUACGCUCAAUGCACCAAGGAGUAGGCCAUCGAGUAGGGCCUCAGACCGAAACCUAAGCGGCUCUCCGAAAAUCAUAAACAUAGAGGGGCCCGAUGAACCCCAGUCACCGAGAAAUGGGCUAACGGUAGACGAUGUUCAAAGACAGGCAGGCGCCCAGCCUUCGCCGGAAAUACCGCCGCCGAAUCUAGAUGGGUUCGGAGUUACCCCAGAUCGUAAGACUCUAUCCGAAUGGAUGAGAGAAGAGUUCGCGAGGUUUAACGGUGAAAUAACAGAAAUCACUGGGCGACUGACGAAGACAGACGCAAAGGUAGCCGAGACAGUCAGCAGACUAGACGGUCAUAAAGAGCAAAUCAAAAGACUCAACACAGAAGUGCCGACGAUAAGAACGACUGUAAUGGGCCUCAGGAGCUCAAUAGCCACAGACACAACCGCACGAAUCGCGGCUAUAGAAGCAAACAUCGCAGCAACGAUGCUGACGCAGAGGAAUGCGACAGAGGCCCUGCAGACCCGAAUGGUCGAGCAUAUUGAACGAGCAGUAGGGCAGCUCCAAAAUAGCCUGAACGAACUAAGACAGACAGGAAUUGCAGAGUUCGACGACACACAACUGAGAGUAGAGUUAAGACGCCUGGUCGAAGCCCAGGGCGAGGAAAUCACGAACGGCCUGGCGCAGUCACUGGGCCAACACUCAGAAGAGGUGGGUCAGGCCAUAGUAGAACUCAAAGUAAGGAUGUCAAGGCUAGACACCAGGCUAAGGACGAUUUAUAGAGCCCAACAACCGCCGGCUCAAAGCCAGCAGCCAGAGGGUAGAAGGUCUCGGCAAGGGGCUCAAAGCCAACAGCCGGAGACCGGGAGAACCCGGCAGCAGCGAAACACUAGCAGAUCACUCUGGGACGACUCAGAGGAAGAGGCAAGUGAAGAGAACGAGCCGACGGUAGGACGACCGACGUCAAGGGGAGGAACGGCAUAUAGUCAGCCUCCCCCAUCAUACCGCAGUGCCUUUACGGCAAGCGUACAAAGACCGGCAUUUGGCCCAGCAGCAGCCCCGGCACCAGCCCCGGCUCCGGCUCCGGCGCCAGCCCCGGCACCAGCCCCGGCUCCGGCCCCGGCACCCGCCCCGGCACCAGCCCCGGCACCGGCACCGGCGCCAGCGCCAGCGGGACCGGCACCUCCGUAUCAUGCGGCAGGUAGACCAUACGUCCCACCGCAAGCGCCAGACGACGUCAAACGAGAAUUGACGCAAGAGCUCGAGCAGCUCAGGGAAGAGCUAACACAGGCUUAUGCCCAGUACGGUCGUGCAAGGUCUGACGAUGCCAGACAACACGAAAGAAUUGCGUUCAUGACGACCUAUACGUAUUACAAAACGGCAGUAGAAAACUUAAUGCCCAUGCUGACAACAGCAGAAAAAGCCGAACUACGACUGCAGCAACGCAGAGUAGAAGCAGAAAGACUGGGCAUUGCCCCAGUACAGGCGCCGAUGCCUGUACAGACGGCUAAGGUACGGUUAUCACCGCCCAAGUUUGCGGGGGAGGUACUGAAAUAUCACGGUUGGCGACAGACGUGGAAUACGUACGACAACAACCCGAUAUACACAGCCACCGAGAAAAGCCAAAUGUUGGAGCAGGCUCUCGAAGGCGAAGCCGCCAAUGCGACGGCGAGUUUCACGUUCACGGCGGAAACUUAUAAUACCAUUCUCCAAGUACUGGCUGAUAGGUUUGGCGACCCGAAUCAGGCCAUAGGAGAAAGAGAAGCCAAGCUACGAGAAGCGGCAAGCAAACCGGUGGGAGCGAACCCGACGUCCGCUCAGUUGCGAGAAAAACAUAUCGAGAUAUGUAAUCAAAGGCAAGGCCUCCUGAUCCAAGGCGUACAGCCGGCGACAUUCGAUUCGCACACGGCUAAGGAAAUCUUGAACUCCCUACCAGGAGUGAUAACAGAGAAAUGGAGAAUGGAUUGGGGGCCAGAAAGAGCACCGACCUUAGACCAGGUCCUGCAUCAACUCGAUAGGUUGAUCCGAAUUAAAUCAUCGGAAGAAGCGUCGAGACGGGUCGACUAUACCCAGACAACUCAGGCCAACGCAGCGAGCGUAGCCACAAAAACAAUCAAGUUCAGAGACAAGACCCCGACGAGGCUUGCCUGCGUAAUAUGCAAAAGCGAAGCACACGCUGCGCGCGACUGCACGUUCGGAAACGCGGCCGAAAGGCGGAAAGUAGUGAUGGACGCGGACAGAUGCUUCAGAUGUUUUGGUCAAGGCCACAGAUACGUGGAUUGUUCGGAGAGAAGAGCAUGUCGGCACUGUUACUCCACCUCGCAUGCGUCGGUCCUAUGCCCGCACGAGAGAGAAAGUCGGGAGAGAACAAAAGGCAGGCCGGUACCGAGAACCGCCAGCAAAUCUCCAAGUAAGCCUCGAUCGGGCAAACCAUUCAUGCGACCGCCAUCACCAACGCCAUCGAGGACACCGUCAGCGGAACGAUCGGUCAAUGAGCAGUCGAAUAUAGGGGUAAUAGAACCCAACGGCAAGGAAAAAAUUUCCGCCGGAGUGUUACUGAACUUUGGAGCGAAAGCCAAAGCAGAAAAGACACAAGGAAUAGAAGAAUGGGUCCCACUGUUCGGAAUAUUCGACAGCGGUUGCGGUAAUUCAUUUAUCACAGCAGCCCUAGUACGGAAGCUAAAUGCAAAGGUCAUUGGCAGGCAACGUAUCAGAGUCUUGACAUUUGGGUCUCACACACCCAUCGACGAGUACUGCGAUAUUGUUCAAGUCACGAUAGCCGGCAUAUCGAGAACAGUAACGGAAAAAUUCAUUGUCCGGGACCACAUUCAAACACUCACACCAUACACCGAGACGAAGCUUGGUGAGAGGUUGCUCAAAGAAGGCGAAACCUUGGCCGACCCGAGGCACAGAAGACCGUCUCAAGUCAAGACGAUUGACAUCCUAAUUGGAAACAGUAACAUGUACGAAUUCAUGUUACUGGAAGCACCGCGCAGGCACCGGAAAAUAGUGGCGCAUAACACUAUCUUCGGUUGGACGAUAUCGGGCUCCUUAGGAGACCCGGGAUACGAGACAGUAGCGUGCGUGGCCAAAGUAGAGAUCGUGCCCGAAGAGCACGAGAUCUCAAGUGUCGACAAACACUUUGCGGCCUUCUGGAGCCUUGAAAGUUUAGGUAUCCCAAAUAAGGAACUAACGGAUGUCGAAUUCAUCCAAGCUUACAUAGCUAGCAUCGAAGCCGAUGAAGAAGGGCGAGCCGUCGUACGGUAUCCCUUCACCCAAGAGCGACCGGACUACGACUCAUGUAGAUCCAUAGCCGACAUAAGAUUCGAAAAUCUGUGGAAAAGCGACUCCUUCACUAAAGAGAAGCGAAUACGAUAUCACGAAGUAAUGAUGUCCUACUUACGGGAAGGAUUCAUCGAAAUAGCUGACCCGAACUACGAUGGGCCAAUGGCAUUUUUGCCGAACAGACCGGUCGAGCGAGAAGACGCGGAAACCACAAAGAUACGACCAGUCUUUGAUGGAUCGGUCCAUCACAAGAACCGGCGCAGUUUCAACGCCAAUCUUGAGAUAGGACCAAACCUAAACCCAGACAUCAUGGGGAUUCUAAUGAGGUUUAGGCGAUAUUGCAUAGCGUGGACGGCCGACAUCGAGAAGGCGUUUUUGCAAAUCAAAAUCCACAAAGACCACGAGCAAAUCGUGAGGUUUCUUUGGGUCGAAGACCCCGAAGCUGCCAUACCCAAGGUGGUGGUCUACGCAUGGAAGAGACUCACCUUUGGACUCGCAUCGAGCCCAUUUAUACUCAGGGCCGUUCUAACCUGGCACCUGCAGAAGUACGAAACAGAGUACCCAGGCAUCACAGCCAGGACUCUUAACCAAAUCUAUGUCGACGACUGGAUGGGGGGAGCCGAAACUCCCGAACAAGCUGCCGAAGAGAUAAGGCUGAUAAGUCGAAUCUUGGGGGAGAUCAAGAUGAAACUCUGUAAGUGGUCGACGAAUUCGGCCGAGCUAACAAACUUACUACGGGGGGAGUUCGAAUUCUCCUCCCGACCAUCGAAAUUGGGAAUAGAUGAGGUGUUCGAACAUGCGGACAAAAAGGCUCUGGGAAUCCUUUGGGACCCAGUAACCGACCAGUUCAAAUUCAACGCCGAUAAAAUAAUAUCCGAGGCACGAAGGCUAGGAGAAGGGCUUACCAAGCGACAGCUGUUUAGCCUAGCGCUAACGCUAUACGACCCGUUGGGCUUCGUGAACCCGGCGAUAUUGUCCGCGAAACGGGCGAUGCAGAUCUCAUGGUUAGCCAACGGCAAAUGGGAUCAGAUAGUGAACAGUUGCACCAAUGAGAAUUGGGAGGAGUUCAUCAAAGGUCUCGAAGACCUACAGCUCAUACGGAUUCCUCGCUGGACGGGCAUAGAGGUUAAGGAGCCUAGCGAACUCCACAUCUUCUGCGAUGCCAGCGAGGUAGGAUAUGGGGCCGUAGCAUACGAAGUGCAAGGGACGACGAUCGCCCUCAUAGCAGCAAAAUCAAAGGUGGCUCCGUUACCAAAAAAGGCAAUGACCAUCCCUCGGCUCGAACUGCUGAGUAACCUGAUGGCGUCUAUACUUGGCAAGUAUAUACGAGACCAACAUCGGGUUGAACACAAAGCGCACAUCUGGACCGAUUCUCAGAUAGCGACAUGUUGGAUCACGGCCACCAACAAAACCCCAGAAAUCUGGGUACAAAACCGAGUCUCGAAGAUCAGAGAAUUCGGCGCAGAAAUCCACUUCUGCGAAGGGACUCAGAACCCGGCUGAUCUCCUCUCAAGGGGAGGCUCAGCAAAGGAAAUCCAGAGAUCGAACUGGUGGAAGGGCCCCGAAUGGCUCCCGGAGUAUGACAAGUAUAAGCCGAUCGAAAUCAAGGCAAACCUCAUUCAAACGGAUAUGGUCCGUCCGAAACACCCAGACUGGCGCAAAGAGUACAGCGACUGGGAUAAAAUGGUCAGAGCUCAGGCUAUGAUCCAAAGAGCAGUGGACGGCUUUAAAGGUAAAAUGUACCGGCCUUCCCUCAUUAUCGAGCAAGUCCUGUUUGACAUGGUUGACUUGAAGGAAAUCAAGUUCAAAAAACCGGGAUCGAGAUGCCAGGUUUCAUUCAAGCGACUCACAUAUGAGGAGCUACUCACGGCACGAUACGCCUUGAUAAGACACGCACAGAUGGAGUCAUACCCCGAGGAUUACGAUAGAAUCGAGCGGGGGAAAGUCCCGAGAGACAAGAUGUUCAGAAAGUUGAGACCGGUGUUCGACACGACGAAUCGAAUUAUCAGGUGCAGGGGACGAGCCCAGGUACUGUUGGCAAGAUAUCAUCUCGAUGCAUUGAUCUUACUCCCGCCCGAUCACUAUAUAACCACAGUCUUGCUACGCAAGCUGCAUAGGAGGGUCGGGCACAUGGGAAUGAACGCCAUGACCAUGGAAGUCAGAAGCGAAUUCUGGCUGCCCAAACACUGUCAGGUGAUAAAAGACAUCCUCAACCGAUGCGUGAGAUGUCAGAAGGUCAACGCAACAGCCUUCAGCGAAAAGCCAGCUCACUUGCCAAUUGAACGGCUGAAAAUAUCCGAUCCCUUUUCAGUCACCGGCAUCGACAUGGCCGGUCCGUACAAUGUACUAGUAAACGAACCGAGUAAAGCGGUGAUAGUCCAGCCAAGGACUGAGCCAGGAGUCCCCGAAGAGGAAUCAGAAUCAUCCGACGAAUCGGAUGAAGAGUUGGUACCGGAGAGAGUCGGUGCCCUCGACAAGAAAAAGAAAAAGAAAAAGAAAGAAAAGAAACAACCCAAGUUUGCGAUUGACGGGAGACAGAUAGUCAAAGUGUACAUAGUUAUGUUCACUUGUGCCACGACAAGAGCCGUUCACCUAGAGGUAACUAGAGGAAAAAGUGCGGCGGCGUUCAUUAACGCUUUCCGUCGGUUCUGCGCGUUGAAAUACGCGCCAAGAACAGUCUAUUCAGACAACGCGCUGGAAUUCGAUAGUACGGCAAGAUACCUCAGAAGACUCUGGCAAUGCAAGACAGUCUACGACUUCAUGGCCAAUAGAAACAUCUCUUGGCGGUUCUCAGCGAGUGUAGCUCCCUGGUGGGGUGGCUUCUGGGAACGCAUGAUAAAGACCGUGAAGCAAGCGUUGCAUAAGACCUUUAACCCGAAGCAGAUGGACUUCGACAUGUUCCAUACGGUGAUCACAGAGAUCAGUGACAUCGUAAACAACCGUCCGUUGGGAUAUAUCGCUGGCGACGAAACGGCUCUAACUCCGAACCAGUUAAUCAAAGGAGGCUUUGUAAACAAGUUCGACACCGAACCUCCGGAAGAGGAAGAACUGCUCGGCGCAGACUCCUUGUUUCUCACGAACAGAGAAGCCGCUAGACGAAAGCUAGUGGCAGACUGGUGGACAGAAUUCGUCCCAACCUAUCUGAAGGAUCUAAAUAGAUUCCAUCAAGAGCAAAUACCGUCGAAGUCGGUCAAGCUAGGACAAGUAGUCUUGAUCCACGUGGACUACGUCAAGCGAAUCAAUUGGAACAUUGGGCGAGUGAUCGAACUCAUCAAGGGUCGAGAUCACUUAGUCCGGAAAGUCAAGCUAGUCAUGGUCGACUCAAAGGGCAAAACGUCAAUCGUAAAUAGACCUGUCCAGAACUUGUACCCUCUCGAAGUAGAACCAGGUAUCAUCGACGCAGACUUUGCCAAGAACCCGAGCAGAUUUGGAGAUCACGUAACCUCAUCUGGGCAAGUAUGUAAGAGAACUUACAUGGGGGGAGUGUGGAAUACCACGGCCCUCGGCGAUGAGGCUACGGAUUGCCGGCCACAUGUGGCACAGCCACGAGAGGUAACGAUUGCCUCGGCAUUUGACGGAGUAACUGGGAAACGUCCGGGCAACGGUGAUAAGGCUACGAGUCGCCGGCCACAUGGGGCACAGCCGCGAGAGACAACGAGUGCCUCGGGUGUGGACGGUGGAGACACGAAUCGUCCGUCGGAUGUGGCACCGGCCACGGGAGUAAGACCACGACACGGUCAACCGAAGAUGCCGGUGGUAAACUUACCGGCGUCGGCCGACCUCGAAAGGUCUAACCCGAUAGAGUGGAUAGAUGACGAAGAUCUAACACCCAAGCAGCUCAGAGCUGAAGUACGAAGACGCGACCGAGCGCAGGCAGCGUGGAGACCGAAGCCCGCUGCUAAGAAUGCGACAGGGGUUGAUCCGGACCAGCGCGAGGUGCUGGACGGAUAA